AUGAUUUCCACGAAAGCAGUUACAUUAAUAAUUACACAAGGGAAUAUCCUCAGCAAAGUUCUUGCAAUUUUAUUCGUUUGCCAAAGCUCCUUGCAGCUAGUCAAAGCAACCUACAAUCAAAGUGAAACUGAAACGUCAAGUUCUGCCAGUGUUGAUAAGUUAAGUGAACUGCUAAUUCAGUAUUCCAAUAAAAAGCCUUCCCAUAAAGAUGGGGAAAAAGAAGAUAAUUUUACCAAGAGAAGGAAAUGGAACUACUUGUACGAAAAUAGUGUUGACAGGACACAUAGAUACUUUAACAGUCAGCUCAGGUAUUAUACCAUCAAACCAAUUGGAUUACAAAAUGGAACCUUUACUGAUGUAUGGAAAGGAUACUGUCCAGAGCUGGAGCCAUGGUUGAUAAAGCCAUUUAAUAUAUCUACCCCAAUUACAGGAUCAAGAGAGGAGAUAUUUAAGUUUGUUUUACGCAAGAGAAAAGAACGGACAAAGAGCAAUAAUUGUGUUAAGAAUGGUUGUUGUAUUUUUUCAAAUGUUGCAUCAAGGGAACUGUUGUUUGUGAAAGAUUACUUGUCUUUUAAUUUAGAUAGUUUAUGUUGUAAAAUGUCGGUGCUACAUUUAGAUAAUCAGAUGAUUAAUGAAUUCACUGGAUAUGACUUUGAUGUUAGAGAUUUUGACAAGUUUGAAUCGGAAAUGAAACUUGGACACAUUAGAUUAAAUAUAUUUAAUGCUCUGGAGAAAAAUGAAAGUGCUUUCAAUAAUUCAAAAGAAUUCAUUUUGAGGAAUAGACGAGACCUGUCCAUCUUCAAUUCUAGCAGAGAUUUCAACUCAAGUUUUCAUCAGAUUUCAAUACAGAACAAUAUAGAUGCUAGCUGGGGUAUGGUGAGUAUCUUCAUCGUUGUGAUGUUUGUGAUUGUCAUUGGCUGCUACUUAAAGAUGUUUAACAUAAAGCAAAAGACCAAAGUCCAUUUCCAGUACCACGACGGGAUUCAUCUGAUGUAUGUAAAUGAUCUUGUACGUCGGAAAGCAAGACUUUUACCAAUGUUCCAAUCUGCAUUUCGACAGCAUGAUGAAGAAAUACUAUUCCAGCGAGGAAGGAAAGACCAUCAUGUGCCUUUGGCAUCUCUUGUGGAGGAGGAUGAAGGGGACCAAGCAGAGAAUUACAAUGAUGAUGAACAAUAUUUGGAUUAAGAACAAACUGUAUUGGUGUCACAUGUUAAAAUAUUGGCUUGAUAUACUUACGUAUAAGGUCUGAUAGUUGUACUUUCCUAGCAUACACAGUUAUUUUUGUUGACCAUGCCUAGAGGAAAUAAGAUUGGAAAUAGUAUUUUGUAUU